UUUGCAUCCAGUGAGUAAAAGCAUCUGUAUCAGCUGUGCUCCUUCACCCCUUCUCUAGAACCGGCACUAUGACUGAAUUGUCCACAGUACAUAACCUGAUGACAACUCUCAAGUCUUCUCCUUCAAACUUCACUCAGUGUUUACUAACGCCUCCUUCUGGAUCAUCUCCCAAGUUAGGCAUUGCCAUCCUCUCCCUUGCUUUUAUUGUUGGUUUCUCAGGAAAUGUUUUUAUUAUAUGGACAAUAUUGUUCCGUAUGAAGAAACGUACAGUCACCUGCAUCCUGAUCUUCCAUUUGGCUGUGGCCGAUAUAAUGGUAAUACUCACAGCACCAUUUUUCCUGCAUCUGCUGUCAACUGGUAGCUGGACUUUUGGGAACGCUAUUUGUAAGCUCUGCCACUACAUUAGCUGCUUGAGUAUGUAUGCCAGCAUAUUCCUCAUCACUUUUAUGAGUAUGGAUCGUUUCUUAGCGGUGGCUAAACCUUUCUCUUCUCAGAAGCUAAGAACCAAGCCAGUGGUCAGGAUGUUAAUUUUUAUCAUAUGGGUGUUAGCUAUUCUGCUGGCCAUUCCAAUGUUAAUUUAUUACAAGAAGAUUACUUUACGUAGCAUACCAAUCUGCUAUCCCUGCCAUUCUAGUCCUCAACACAUAGUCUUUCAGUAUCUCUUUGAAACUAUGUUGGGCUUUGUUAUCCCAUUUACAGUCAUUGUGUAUUGCUACACUUACAUUGGUAUAAGGUUGCGUAGUGCUAAGUUCCAGAGCAAACAGAAGACAAGUCGAUUGGUUAUCUUGAUUGUCGUAACUUUUGCCUUGUUUUGGAUCCCUUACCAUGUAGUAAAUAUUCUGCAGGUUUCAGGUAACCUGAACUCUGGUCCUACAGGACAGAAGCUUAAGCAAGCAGCUUCCUUUGCUCGACCUAAUGCAACAGCACUGGCCUUUCUGAGCAGCAGCAUCAACCCUAUUCUCUAUGCGUUUGCUGGUGGCACCUUCAUCAGAACUGCUGGAAUAGGGUUCAUGGCCAAGCUCUUUGAAGGAACUUCUUCUGAGGUCUCCAGCUUCCGUAAGGUCUCCCAAGUCUUCCGUCAACGUAGCCGAAAUGAAUCUGUAGAAAUGGGAAAACUAGGAGAGGAGAGUAAGACAUUUUCUACCAAUCAAACAGAGUGAUGGCAGUUGGCAAUUAUUAUUAUUAUAAAUAAUUAAAUAAUAUUUUUUAUAGCAACCAUGUAAAAAUGUCAACAGACUUAAGCUGUAAUUUCAACAUUUAAUAACUCAUGUCUAGAUCUACCUCACUGCUAAUAGGACUUAGCUAAGAAAAAUCUUUUAAAAAGAUUUAGUAAUUAGAUGAUGAUGAUACAUAAUUAUAUUCUGCUGAAUAAAUAAUUAGGAGAAAGUAACUUAAAGAAACAUUAAAGUCAUUUUAAUAAGCAUUGCAUAUAUCAGCAGCAAAGCACUUCAUACAAAAUCACUGUGCUAAAAACAUUUAAAAUUGUAAUUGUUUUGAAAUCAGGGACAAAUGUAUUGAAAAUCCUCCUGGGUGUUGUUUAUCUUAUUUUCUUUGCUGUUGCCAAUUAGGCCCGUAUAUAAAUGAGCUCCUGCACUGAUCAAACAAUGUGUAUAAUAUUUAACCUUCUGAGAGUAGUGGAAAAGCAUAGUUUUUAGAGUUAAAUUACAGGAAAUAACUGGUAAAAUAAACAAUGGAUGUACAUUGCAUUUUUUAUCAUGCAGCAUUAAAAGGUACACGAAACCAA